GAAAAGCCCAGCCCUCCCUCCGGCGGCACAUGGCAGCGGGGCGCGCAAACCCCGCGCAGGUCAGGCAGCUCCGCGCCGCCGCUUAAAGCGCGCUGAAAAGGCGGCGUAGUGCGGGUUUCGGCGGGUCCGAGGCGAGGAGUUAAAAAUGCAUCUGGGGUCGUGGCUCCUGUGGGGCUGCGGCGUUUUCUUCGCCUGGGGCCAGAGCAGUAGCAGGAAGCAGUACCAGGUGCAGCACGGCGCCUGCAGCUACACCUUCCUCCUGCCCGAGACCGAGCGCUGCCGCCCCGCCGCCGCCGUCCUCUCCAACGCCGUGCAGAGGGAUGCGCCCCUGGACUACGACGACUCCCUCCAAAGGCUGCAGCUGCUCGAAAACAUCAUGGAGAACAACACGCAGUGGCUGAUGAAGCUUGAGAAUUACAUCCAAGACAGUAUGAAGAAAGAAAUGGUAGAGAUCCAGCAAACUGCAGUGCAGAACCAGACUGCAGUAAUGAUUGAAAUAGGCACAAACUUACUAAAUCAAACAGCUGAACAGACCCGCAAAUUAACAGAUGUUGAAGCACAAGUAUUAAACCAGACGACCAGACUUGAACUUCAGCUUUUGGAACACUCUCUUUCAACAAACAAACUAGAAAGACAGAUUUCAGAUCAGACCAACGAGAUAACUAAAUUGCAAGAAAAAAACAGCUUUCUAGAAAAAAGAGUUCUUGAGAUGGAAGACAAGCACACACUUCAGCUGAAGUCAAUAAAAGAUGAAAAAGAUCAGCUUCAAGUCCUAGUAGCCAGGCAGAAUUCUAUUAUAGAAGAACUAGAAAAGCAGUUAGUUACAGCUACAGUAAACAACUCAGUUCUGCAAAAACAGCAACAUGAUCUGAUGGAGACUGUUCAUAACUUGCUUACUAUGAUAUCUACACCAAACUCAGCUAAGAACAACUUCAUAGCUAAAGAGGAGCAAAUCAGCUUCAAAGACUGUGCUGAAGCUUUCAAAUCUGGACUGACAACAAGUGGAAUCUACACUUUAACAGUUCCAAACACCGCACAAGAAAAGAAGGCCUACUGUGACAUGGAAACUGGUGGAGGCGGUUGGACCGUUAUUCAGAGACGUGAGGACGGCAGUGUGGACUUUCACCGGACAUGGAAAGAGUACAAGAUGGGAUUUGGUGAUCCUGCUGGGGAGUACUGGCUGGGAAAUGAGUUUGUUUCUCAACUGACUAAUCAGAAGCGGUAUGUUCUUAAAAUACACCUGAAAGACUGGGAAGGAAAUGAGGCAUAUUCAUUGUAUGACCACUUCUCUCUAGCAAACGAAGAAUUAAAAUACAGGAUCUACCUUAAAGGACUUACUGGGACAGCGGGCAAAAUAAGUAGUAUAAGCCAACCAGGAAAUGAUUUUAGCACAAAGGAUGCAGACAAUGACAAAUGUAUUUGCAAAUGUUCACAAAUGCUAACAGGAGGAUGGUGGUUUGAUGCAUGUGGUCCUUCUAACCUCAACGGAAUGUAUUACCCAUUACGACAGAACAACAACAAGUUCAACGGUAUCAAGUGGUACUACUGGAAGGGCUCGGGAUACUCUCUCAAAGCCACGACUAUGAUGAUCCGACCAGCAGAUUUCUAAAUGCUUUUGCAUUAUGUGAAUGAUGUAUUGUAUAGUCUUCAAAGACUUCAUUUGCCGAGCAUAUAAACACACAUCUGCAACUUGUCUCAUUUUCAAGCCCAGAAAACAUGCGCUAAUGUUCUGAAGGGAUCAGUUCACUACAAUUCCUGAAUUGCAAUAGCCUUGAUCAGCUAAAGCUCUUAUUAUUCAACUAGACACAAGGUCUAAAGCAUCAACCUGGUAUAACAGUGAUUUGGCCAAAUGACUGAAUAAAAAGAACAUCCAAGAAACUGUCAGAGAACUUAAGGACUCUGUUUUCCCGAUCAUUUAUGUUAUGUAUGUGUUAGUAAAUAACUGGAACUGUGAAAAAUAUCUAAAAUAGUUUUAGAAAUAUGCAUUUUGCCUCAUCACUGAACUUUAAACAUUACUCUAAUAUAAAACACUUAACUAGAUCUAGAACUAUUUAUCUCUGUGUCAUGUUUGCCUUUUAUGUACAUAAAAAACCCCAUCCUGUAAUUAGCUCAAUACUGUAGUUGAAGAACACAUUCUUUCCUUCCAUAGUCUCCUAAACAGUUUCUUACACUUAUUCGGGGAUUUUUGCCAAUAGCCUCUAUUACUUUAUUUAACAGAGGACAGAUAGCAUUUAAGUACUUUGCAUUUAUUCUUGGGAAAUACCAUGUACAAAAAUCACCAUUUCUUUCAGUUUGUACUUAUUACAGUCACUAUAUUUAAGCUGCAAAAAAUCCCUGAACAUUACAGUAUAGUAUGUGUUUCUUUAUAUUUUUAUGAAGAUUGUACUUUUUUUCCUUUCCUUGUUUUUACUUGUAAAAUAACUGAUCAGUAUUUUACAAACCGAGACAACGGCAUUAACACCAAAUGUUCAGUUGUUUAUGACAAUCAGUUAUCACCUGGUGCUGUAGUACAGCUAUACGUUUUGUAAAAAUAACCUAACUGAAAAACAUAUGCAUAUUCUUUGAUACAAUUAAAUUCAUGCUCAUGAGUUAAAAUUCAAAUUACUGCAUUAUAAAAAGAGGGGAAAAAAAUAUCUGAAAAUUAUCUAGGGUCAUAAUGUUGGGUUCUUUUCAGAAAGGACUUCUCCCUAGAAAUUCUCUGUAGGUAAGCCCUCAAUGUAUGAUACAACAUGAAUAAAUUACUCUACUGGGUGA